AUGGACGACCAAUGGAAGCUAUCCCAGUCGCAAAAUGAGAGUCUCAAGGACUUUAUGGAAAAAUUCAAGCAAGUACUAUCAAAGGUACCCAUCCCGGAUCACACCACCGUCAAAGCCUUAACCAACGCGCUUUGGAUUAACUCCAAGUUUCGAGACUACCUCGGGACUAACCCGACCAUAGCCAUCGAAGACGCUCUGCACGGUUCAAAGAACUUUAUCAAGAUGGACGAAGACAGGCGAGAUUACAACGCUAAGCAGCAGGCUCUAAGGCCAACGACAUCGAAGGCAUCAGACGCCCAAGAGCCACGACAGCACGCCCCCUACAAAAAGAAAGGACCCGUCUAUGCCAUCUCUGAGGACAAACAAUCUGGGGCAGUUGCUGCGGUACGUGAACCAGGGUGGAACGUAUGGGAACGCGAUACCGAGGGAAAAAUGCAGCAGUCCCGCAAGGCUGCAUCCGCUAACCCUAAGAGCUCGUACGACCAAAACAAGUUUUGCAAGUACCAUGAUAUGAAAGGUCAUGAUACCAAGGAAUGCAGAGACCUCUACGAAGCAUGGCUCGCCUCCACCAGAAACGGUAACACCGAGCUCGAACCAAAGAAACCAAAACGACCAAAAACAUCCGAUGGUAUCGAGACAACUGAUCUCCGAGCUAAGCUCAACUCAAAGAUCCCAGACCUUCGCGAAAAUCUCAAACGACGAAAGACCGGCCGUUCCAAAGCGGAGCCAGCGCAGAUCGUCCCAUAUCAACGAAAGACUCAAGACUUGCGUACGCAUCUCGAUUCCUUUAGGGCCGAGCGAACGGCACGACCCGAGAAAGAGCAUCAAGAGUAUUUUCAGCGCUUGAACGUGAUCAUGGGAGGAUCUCCCCCUGGCAACGAUUCCGGCAGAUCUGUGAAAGCUUUCCGCCGGAAGGCAAUCACAACUAAGCACUGGCCCACCACCCCAGAGGCUAUCCCUCCAAUCACCUUUUCUGCAGAAGACGCGGUAGGCGUCCACAUGCCGCCCAACGAUUCACUCCUCGUCGACAUCGGAAUUAGUUACUGCACGGUCACCAAAGUCCUCGUGGAUACUGGUAGUUCGGUCGACCUCAUCUUUAAAAGCACACUCAUAAAGAUGGGGAUAAACCUUGACGAGAUGAAACCUUCCGCGCGAUCGCUGACAGGUUUUAACGGGUCAACCGAAACCAUGCUCGGAACGAUACGCUUGCGCGUAUACGCCGAAGGCAUCGCCAAAAACGUCAAAUUCUCCGUCAUCGACGUCCGAGCUCCAUAUAACGCAAUCCUAGGUACACCAUGGAUCCAUGCGCUGAAGGCUAUCCCUUCAACCUAUCACCAAUGCAUUACAUUUCCUUGUAACGAAGGACGGAUCAUCACUCUUCGGGGUGACCAAGCAGCUGUUCGAGAUCUCCUCGUCGCCGAGGUAAAAAAUCAAAAGGCGACUUCCCACGUCAACGCAGUCGCCAAACCGAUCCAGAAGAUCUACACUUUUAAGGAAGAGAUUCUCGAAGUAGCCAUCGACGAUAGCAACCAAGCCAAAACCGUCCAAGUCGGCGACCACCUCCCCGAUGAUACGAAAGACAAGAUCGUUUCAUUUCUUAGGGAUAACGUCUAUACGAGCAAGCUCGGCCCCGAACGAGCGAAGGCCGUCAAUGAGGAGGUCGACCGAUUGCUAAACACAGGCUCCAUCAUGGAAGUGAAGUAUCUCGAAUGGUUGGCAAACCCAGUCGUUGUAAAGAAGAAGAAUGGCAAAUGGAUAGUCUGCGUCGACUUCACCGACCUCAACAAAGCAUGUCCUAAAGACAGUUUCCCCCUCCCUCACAUCUAUCGACUUGUCAAAUCCCCAGCUGGCAAUGAGCUGCUGACAUUUAUGGAUGCCUUCUCUGGUUAUAACCAAAUAAUGAUGCAUCCAGACGAUUGA